GCGCCAAAAAGAAAAUUGAACUGCCUGUUUGUUGGUGACAUGUACAACUAUGAAGCUAAAGUCGACUCUUACGAGAUGGAAGCUGAGCUGAUAUCUCAAAUUGCUUACGACGUGUUUAAUGCACGAUCCGGCUCACAAUUAGGCCUUUGGGCUUUCGGUUACACUAAGUUUGAACGUAAUGUAACUAACACACUGAAAAGAAUGGCUAAUAAUAGCAAAGCAUUCAACGAUCUUUUGAUGGAAAUGGAGUAUGCUACCGGGGGUACUUACAAGACCACAAGAGUGGCUAUAAACGACAUCAAUGCGAUGAGUGAACAGCAGCUGAACUGUCUAGUGUUCUUUAUCGCGCAAAACAGCACAGUGGGUCUUCCAAAACUGGCACCUAAAAACAAAGAAAUCACCUCACCUGUAGUUGUUGGUCUUAGCGGUACGAAGCCUGAAAACAUUGUGCCGUAUGGAGGCAAAAUGAUAUCUAUUCCUCAUCAUUAUUUGGAUGAAGAUGUAGAUAAGAUAGUCCAAGCUAUAUUAGACGAUAAACCGUGGACGACCAAAGGACCCAGUACAACAACAAGAAGUACCUUUUCACGAUAUUUCAAUUCGAUUCUAACCAUUCCCAUCUGA